GUGUCGUCACUCUAAAAGCAGCUGUCAUCGGAGUUAGACAUAACCUAAAAUCGCGAAUACAAACAAUACAGCGUUGUAUUAUUUCUCCGAGUUAAUGACUUUUAACUGUAGAAUCGAAUCACAUGUAUUGGCUGACUAUCGGACUCUUAAAUUGGUUCUACUUAAAACCAUUUGAAUCAAUCAAUAAAGCUUCGAGUUUCGUGCGAUCGGUUGUUUCGUGUGUGAAAAGUGAUGUAAUUUAUUGUAACUUACAGUUUAUUAUGUAAAAAUAAUGUUACAAACUGUGACUUUGUGUAAAUUUGUGUAUUUUUCGUAAUUUCAUAGUGCCGGAUAAAAACAGCUGUGUUUCAGGUAGUGCGUGUAACAGGUUUUAUGAAAUGGUGUGAUGCUGUGCUGUCUCUUUCUUGUAUAUCAAAUAGCUAGGCUCUUUGUGUGUGACCGUGAACUUAGUUUAUACGUGUGGUGAUUUAUCAAAUGUGCCUUGUGCUAAGAAACAUCUGUGCAAAUUAGAAAUUAAUACAACACACAUUUCUUAUCGGCUUAGCGCGUGUCUUAAUAAAUAACGAUUAUCUGGGAACAAUAAAAGACUGAUAAAACGUAUACAUUCCACUAAUAACAGCAAUCUAACAAGGUAUUAGAAAUAUCGUAUUGGGGACCAAUAUAGAUACAAAAAUAGAUUACAAUAGAUAAACGACGAGUGGCUUAUUACAAGAAGACGUCUCGUGUGAUACGGUUGCAUGUGAUAAUAGUACUAUUGACAAAUUUAAACCCAUUCUUAGUAUGUUAUCGAAGACCGAUAACGUCGCGAACGGUAUAUUGAAUCCAGCGGAACCGAUCAACACUAAGUUGCUGCUGUCAGAUGAAGAGGUGUACAGAAACGAUGUAUCGGGAAGCGUUAUGGAUGGACCGAUUAUGGAGACGAAUGCUGAAGGAUAUACAGUGUAUAGACACCGUUGGUUGAUGCUGGGAUUCUUCGUAUUGUACUCGGCUUCGAACUCGCUGCAAUGGACGCAGUACACCAUAAUUGCGGACAUAGUGACGAAGUACUACGGCGUGUCGACCAACGCGGUGUCGUGGACGUCGAUGAUUUACAUGGUGACAUACGUGCCGCUGAUAGUUCCUGCGAGCUGGCUGCUGGACAAAACUGGUCUCCGAGUAACGACAAUCAUCGGCGCGUUCGGAACAUGCGCGGGCGCUUGGUUGAAGGUGUUCUCGGUGCCGCAGGACAUGUUCUGGCUUGGCUUUGCCGGUCAGACGGUAGUGGCGGUGGCCCAGGUGUUUAUCCUGAACCUGCCGCCGCGCUUGGCCGCCGUGUGGUUCGGAGCUGACCAGGUGUCUUCCGCUUGCAGUAUUGGCGUGUUUGGUAACCAGCUAGGGGUGGCGCUGGGCUUCUUCCUGCCGCCCAUGAUAGUGCGCGCCACGGGCACCCCGGAGGAGAUCGGCGCCGACCUGCAGGUCAUGUUCUACCUGGUGGCUGGCUUCACCAGCGUGCUGUUCGUGUUCAUCGUGCUCUUUUUCAAAGCGGCACCACCCAGCCCGCCGUCCGCGGCCGCCGACCUGGGCGCCGCGCUCGACUCCAACUUCCUGCAGUCCAUCAAGAAGCUGCUGACCAACCGCAACUACAUCCUGCUGCUCAUCUCGUACGGACUCAACGUGGGCGUCUUCUAUGCCAUCUCAACGCUGCUCAACGAGCUCGUGCUGACCUACUAUCCAGGUGCCAACACAGACGCCGGUCGCAUAGGCCUGGUGAUCGUGGUCGCCGGCAUGUUAGGCUCGGUGGUGUGCGGCUUCAUCCUGGACAAGACGCACCGCUUCAAGGAGACCACGCUGGCGGUGUACGCGGCUACCGUGGUCGGCAUGAUCAUCUUCACCUUCACCCUGGACUGCGGGUACAUCGCCGUUGUAUACUUCAGCAGCAUUUUCCUUGGUUUCUUCAUGGCCGGGUAUUUGCCGGUUGGAUUCGAGUUCGCCUCCGAAGUCACUUACCCCGAGCCUGAAGGGACUACGUCUGGACUCCUCAACGCCUGUGCUCAGGUGUUCGGCACGGUGUUGACGCUGCUCUUCGAGUGGAUGUUGGGUCGCGUUGGCGACCGCUGGGCCGACCUCGCCAUGUGCGGCGUGCUGGCGCUGGGCACCGCCGUCACCGCCGCCAUCCAGCCCGACCUGCGCCGGCAGGCUGCGCAGAACAAGACAUAAACAAACAUAACUAUAGUCUCUAGAUAUACACUAUCGAGGUAUCCCCAAUAGGCCUAACAAUGACGCCACAAUUUAACUCGUCCUAUCGACCAAUUGCGACCGAACCGGAUAUAUCGCUGUCUCGUUUGUACCAACGUUAUGAAAGAGGGAGCGAUAUUUCUUGUUAGGUGCCUAGCCGAUUUGUUUUUACGAGAUGAUGACGUGACGAGUAUAUUGAAGGUAGGUUUGUUUAACAUAUAACUUUAAUCGAAGCCUCAAUCGGUCGACAGUCAACGUUCGGUCUCCCUAGGUAACUGGAAUAUUGAGCCUAUGUAAAAUAUAUGGCAAAUAUUCUUUGAAAAAAACGACGUAUGACGUCUCAAUAUCUGUUGAUAUGUUGUGUUAUAGAUCGAAUAAAAUGCAAAGUUCAUUUAGAUUUAGAUGUUCAAAGAGAAUGUUCGUUAAAAUACUUACGUACUCAGAAUAAGCUUAUAAGUACGAUACUUAGAAAAAUAAGUACAUUAGUUUUGACGAUCUUCAGAACAAGGCAUUGCGGCAGAUUAACUAAGUAAUACUAUGGCGCCAGUACCUACGACCUAUUACGUGUGACUACGAGUGAGGCCUAUUACAAGCAGGCGCAUUACAAGCAGGUAAGGCCUAUUACGUAUGGCAAAGAAUACUUUACUAUUUAGAGCCAUAUGUAAAAAAAAUGGCAUGGGAGGAUUUUUAGAAAUUUUACUAAACAUUAUGGCCUAGAAAUUUUAAAACCUAACACAUUAUUAUGUAGGUUGUUUUAAUGAUAAAUAGUAAUUAAUAACAUAUAUAUGUACGAUUUUAACAUAAGUAGCAUGUGUUUUAUAAAACGUGACAAUAAAUGCGUGACUGCAGAAAAUAACGAAAUUUGAAACUAUUUUAUCUGAUAUACUAUACCAAGGUUUAGCCUUUAGGAAUCAAAAAAAAUAAUAUUUUCAUGUAUUCAUGUAGUAGAAUAGAAGGUUUUUUCAUAUUAUAAUAUACCCUAGUAACUUAAUAGUGUUUGGAUGUAGGUAGUUAAUAUUUUAAAAGAUUUACAAAAUAUUAUGUUUUGGAAAUUAUAAAAAGUACGUUUUAACCAAAUAAUUUAAAAUUGUACUAAAAUUGAGAUUAUACUUAUUUGGUUAUAGUAGCAGUUUCGUACAUUGUUACCCUAUUAUCUUAAUCUAAAUUCAUGUUUAAUAUUUGAUGGGCCCGUUGAUCACUUCGUGUAUCUGUUUUGAUCAGUUUUUUUAUCAGUAUUGAUCAGUUGGUCAUCUAUAUUGAUCUGUUGGUAUAUCACUAUUGAUCAGUUGGUUAUCUAUAUUGAUCUGUUGCUGUAUCACUAUUGAUCAGUUGGUGUAUCAGUAUUGAUCAGUUGGUCAUCUAUAUUGAUCAGUUGGGGCAUCAGUAUUGAUCAGUUGGUCAUCUAUAUUGAUCAGUUGGUGUAUUACUAUUGAUCAGUUGGUCAUCUAUAUUGAUCUGAUGGUGUAUCACUAUUGAUCAGUUGGUCAUCUAUAUUGAUCUGUUGGUAUAUCACUAUUGAUCAGUUGGUUAUCUAUAUUGAUCUGUUGCUGUAUCACUAUUGAUCAGUUGGUGUAUCAGUAUUGAUCAGUUGGUCAUCUAUAUUGAUCAGUUGGGGCAUCAGUAUUGAUCAGUUGGUCAUCUAUAUUGAUCAGUUGGUGUAUUACUAUUGAUCAGUUGGUCAUCUAUAUUGAUCUGAUGGUGUAUCACUAUUGAUCAGUUGGUCAUCUAUAUUGAUCUGUUGGUGUAUCACUAUUGAUCAGUUGGUCAUCUAUAUUGAUCAGUUGAUGUAUCACUUUUGAUCAGUAGUUGGUCAUCUUUAUUAAUCACUUGGUGUAUCACUAAAUAUAAAAUCAUGAUCUUCUACAAAUAUGGUCGCUAAGUGAUUUUUCUAUCCUCUAAUUUAUAUUUAAGACGUAAACAUUAAUUUGUUAUGAAACAUACUUUCGCCAUAACUACAUUGCUUAAAGAAAUCUCUUGGAUAGUUACUACUAUCUACUAAUUUCAUUACUCACAAUAAUUGUAACUGAAAAUUGAGAAAACUUAAAUCCAGUAAAAAGCUAGAUUAUUCGUAGAUUAUGUUUACUUUAAAUUUUAUUUUAAGAAUUAAAAAUUUUGCGUGUGACGAAUUGGAUGUUAUUAAGUUAUUUUAGUAAAUUUAAGUAAUCGGUCUUUAAGGCCUAUUUGUUUUACAAAUGGCAACUAAUAAGUAGAAUUAAGCAUUUAUUAAAUUUAAGCAGCUUUAAACUAUAUAUAUUGUAAUUCACCCUAUGAAAGUAGGCUUUAUGUCAGCCCUAGUGCAACGAAAAGAAACGUCAUCCAUAUUAUAGACAAACAUCGAGACUUGGUCGCUAGUAUGGCCCAUGUAACAAUGCUCGAAGUUAAGUACUCAAGCGAUAGGGCGAUGGAGCUAUGCUUGGAGUAUCUGGGUGAUCAAAUCAGAAAUGAGGGGAUCUUCAGAGAACUUACUUAAACUUACAGAGCUCAACGAAUCACGAAGAGACAAUGUAAGGUAUAUAAUUUGAAGAGCCGAUGGACGUUGGGGUCCAUAUGUGUCGAAAUAGUGACCUCGCACUGUUAAGCGCAAGGGUCUUGGUGGAUGGCAUCAUGGGGUAAUGGGAGAGCCGCUGGACGCAGGUGGCUAAAAAGCGUGAUGAUUGGAAGUCCUUUCCUAUGUCCUGCAAUAAACGUACAUCGGAUGAGACAAACCGUAUAAGUUCGACUUCGACUUCGACUCGUUUGCGCAGUACAGUGCGACCGAGUGUUAACGAAUGAAUGAAGAAUGCGUGUGCUAAUAAAUGAUAAUGUUCAAUUUGAAAUUGAAGGCAAUAAACUGCGUAACGCUAUAUACGUCAGAUUUGAAAGAUUAAGGUCUGGUUUCAAUAUCUUCUGAUAAGUGAUACUUAUCACAUAUUUUGUCUUUGUCAUUUGACAUAAGGUACGAAAGUGACCAAACUUAUCAGAACGUGAAACAACUGGCUUUAAAAAUAUAAUGACAAUAUUUAUGAGAAGUUACAUAGCUUGAUACGAUAUGCGAUAAUAUUAUAAGAUCUGCUCAGGCAAUAUGGCUUUUACGUAACAAUUUAUUGAUAAUAAUGAUAUUUAUAAUAUAUGAAAUUUCCAUAAUUGUAGUGAUUUGUAUUUAAACAUUUAACACAAUUCUUUAAAAUUACUUUAAAGAUCAGAAAAGCUGCACAUUUACAAAAAUGAUCCAAUCAUUCACAAAAUUCGUUCACAAUAAGUAAGUAAUGAGUAAUUUUUUUUAGUUGAAUUGUUCAUUAAUCAGAUUUUUUAUAGGACCGAACAAAGAUAUCGAGCAAUUAAAAGAAUAAAUAAAAUAAAAAAGUAGAAAGAGAUUAUCUAUUUUCAACGAUUUGUGGAUGAUUUUUAUAAGAUGUGCGAAAAAUACUCAUUCAAUAUUUUCAUGAUGUGCGUGUUGCGACUUUAGUCUAUACAUUUAACGCAUUUUUAUACAUCAACCAAUCUAGCAAUUAGUUUAUGGUCAUCAAUAUCUGAACGAAAAUCGCACUUUGAUUGUUAUAGUUAUUACCUACUCUCAUUUUCUGCAGUUAACUGUGCUGUUUUCAUACUACAGUUUUUGUGCAGACAAGCGUUUAACAGUCAAUUUGACAGUAGACAUUUGACAAUUAUUGACAGCGCGGAAGAAACAAUCUAUAACGAAACGAACCCUUACUUUAUACAUACAAACGCGUUCAGUCUGUCUUUUAGUCUGUCGUUCUACUACUACAUCCAAAUCAGAAAGGUCUUUCCGGAAGAGAUUGACUAUUACGUAGACAACUUCAGAGCGAAGUACGGUGAAGUUGACUUUGGAUGUCAACUUCACCGUACUUCGAAGUUGAAGUUCUAGUGCAUUUGCAUGGCACUAGUUGACUCGACCGUUGUAGUCAUGUUUGGAUUCAAAUGGUUUUUUUGUUAAUUUAUAAAUUUCCUGAUCAUUUUAUAACCGGCACGUUGGCUACAAGUUGGGACAAACUUUCAUAAACGAUAACUUCUGAUUAUACAUUGUAUAAAUUGCAUUUUAUUAGGAUUUAAUUUAACAACGACAAAGACUUCACUUUUAUUUAUUAAUAUAAUUACGCAAAUAUGUUAAAUAGGUCGCUAAAAUAUAGUAAAACUCUUUUACAAUUCCAGGAUUCUGUGAUUUCUAUGGUUGAAGCUUUUUGGUUUCCUAAAGAAAGGCUUGUGAUUUAAUGUUAAAAUAAUAUGAUUUUAAUAUUAUUAAUGUAAUCCCCAGAUACAGUAUUAUUCUAUUUUAAGAAAAUAUUGUUAUAUCUAACUUGUGCUUGUUGUAGUAAAUUUUUAAAUAGAAAUGGUGUGUUAUUCAGGUCGAAAAGGUUUAGUAUCUGCAUUCGAUAAUAAUUUGAUUAUUAUAAAAAAUGUUUACAGAAUUAUUUAGUUGAUAUUCUUUGGUUUUAUUAGUAUCAGGAAUAAUAAAAAUAUAUUAAAGAAUUUAUGGUUGACAAAGAUUGAUGUAGAAACUCAACUGGUUGGUUUGAUUCUAAUUGCAUCAAACCGUAGACAAAAUGCCACGCAGUACACCUAUGCUUACAUAACCUAGACCUAUCUACUCUUUUCAAUAAUGGAAGGUAUAUUUGAAUCGGUUAUGUACAUUUUUACGAUUUCGAUAAAUUUCAGAUUGUGACAUCAUUUUUGUAAAAUUUCUAAAUGGCCACUAAUUUUGAAACCCUUUUGGUGCAUUUAUUUUUUACUGCAACUUUUAGAGUAUAAAAUUAAGAUAUUGCAUUUUUAUGGACGACAGUUAUAAUCGUCUGCAGACAAACCAUGUUCGCCUUCUGUAUGAUACACCAUAAGGUUGUGUAAGUGUAUAUUAUAUUGUGUCAUUAAUGUGCAUAUAUAUUAUAAAAAAAUAUAUUAUAAAAAAAAUAUAUUUACUAUCGGUUUUUAUUGCUUUUUUAUCUUUUAAAUUACAGUAUUUUUUUUUCACUUGUUUAUUUAUUUUACACUUAUUAAACGAACAAAAUUAUACGUCUAAUGUAGGGUACUAUAUAAUUUCUAUCGUAUUUGUGAGUUAUUUUCAUUGUUAAAAUAAAUAUAAUUUCCUCAAAAAAGAUUUUUAUUGUUUAAUAGUAAGUAGGUAAUAUAGAAAUAGUAACUGUAAACAACUUGAUGUUAAAAUAUUGUUCAAUAAAAUUUGUUGAUGUGCUGAUA